CACUCUGGAACUCAUUCCAAUAUGACCUUGGGAUAGAAAAGGGGCUAAUUAGGGAGCAUUUAGGGAGAGAUGGCGGGUGUGUAGUGUGUGCCCAUUCACUCCGUGGCUGGUGUUCACUCUUAUUCUUUAUGUCCUUUUUAAAAUAUCUCAUGAAAACAAGCCACUCUGCAACUAUACGUUCCACUGCCAGGAUGACUAAAUAAACAGACUAAAUAUACGCCCGGGCCUUCCGCGGCAACAGGUUCUAUGGUUUGUUGAUUUCCUGUUCCUCGAUGUCCAAAGUGCUGUCGGAGACACAAAAGACCGCCGCAUGAAAUGCAUAAAACCCCAUGACAGGAAACGGAGGGGCCCACGUCUGUGGCCGGGGCCUCCGUUCGACCAGGCCUGUCCGCAGGUUCACCAUCGCCAUGGCGGUGUAAUCUCGGAACUCGCAGGACGUGCUCCUUAACAUUCAUCCCGAGCGUGGCGCGGGGGGGGCGCCCUGACGUGGUUCAGAGCGGCGGGAGCUGAUUGUUAUCAGGACAUCGGCGGGUCGUCUGAGCCGAGGGCCCCGUGGCUUUGUGCAUCGGAGGCUAAAGCCACGUCUUGGAAGCUCUGCUGAACCGCAGUUCGGAGAAUGUUAUCAUCAGCGUUGUCGAAACCGCAGAGGACAGAACGGUGUACGUCGGAGGUACGGUGCGCGGUCUCUCCGAGCUCUUUCUGAUCGCCUGACGCGGAGCGGUAGGGUGAAACAUGGUUUUGGCGUUUCACGGGUUCCCUGCAAAAACAUUCCAGUGAACCAGCCUCCCUUGCACAUGUACACACGCACACUCCCCCCAAACCCAACCACCCUCUCCCCCUCACUCCCUUCCUUCAGAAAAAAAAAAAACUGCCAGCCAGACUUCCUAAAGCAUUUAUGGCCUUCUAGGUGUUAUUCUGGGGUUGGAGGACAAACGGCUCUGGGAGAUCGUGAAUCUGCCUGGUGGCUUAAGCAGAGCUCAGGCUCUCCCAUGGAGAGAGAGAGGGGAGACUCUGGGGAGCUGCUGCUGGCAGAUGCUUCCCUCUCACACCUCCUGGAGCACAGGUCUAGCCUGCUCGCUUGUCUGGGUGGGCCCUGCACACACGUAACGGCCCCUUUUGACCCCCAGCGCUACCACAACAGGUUAUGGAACAAUACAGGCUGCCCCAGGGGGAAUGUUCCUUUGACGCUCCAAAUCCAGUUGGGAUUGCCGCUUAUUUUUCUUUCAUAUACUUUACAAUGGCAUAAUAAUAGUAGGCAUAAUGAUAGUCAUCUAGGAAAUAAUUGAUCAUUGAAUCGUAUUUCUGGAUAUUAUGAUGUAUAUAUUAUGAUCCUUGUGGUAGCGCAGACUGCCACGAGGAUUACAAAAUAAGUUUUCAAAGAUAAUGUAAAGGAAAAUGCAGAAAUGGCCGAAGUUCACUUGACUUUAUUGAAACUUGGUUCUAAUGGAUACCUUUGUAAACUAUCUAUAACUGUGAUAUAACUGUUAUAGUUAAGGUAUUUCAUAUCAGCAUUCCCCCCCUCGUUGACAAAAUGUGACCCAUUUUCGUCUUUCCUUUCUCUAUAAAUUUGAAGAUUCACUUCUACCACUAAAAAAAACCAAAACAACAAAGUGGAUGAACAGACGACCCACCCACACGCAUGGAAGAGUCGGAUGGAAAACCAUCAUAAGGGGAAGCCAUGGCAGACGUGUAGCAACCGGUUCGAAUAACACGUAAACAAAGCUAAUUCAACGAAUUCAUUCACCGUCCCAAUUCCCCGAGUUCUAUCACUGGAGACAAGCAUGCGAGCCUUCUGCCAGCGAUUGUCACCACGGACGGCUCCCCCCAAAAAAAAGAGUGAAAACAAGUAUGAGGUCACCGUUCACAUGACUGAACCCAGCGCUCACAGAAUGACCGGGGCCAUUCAUUUUUGUGUUGUUGUGUGUGGGUGACGCUAAAUGGCGGAACGGUGCUCAUCGCUGCUAUGAAACGUCACGAGUUCAGAAUGGAGGAGGGAUACGAGCUGGACCUGACCUACAUCACGGAGCGUAUCAUCGCCGUGUCCUUCCCCCGGGCCUGCUCGGAGGAGAUCUACGCACACAACCUGAAGGAUGUGACGCGCAUGCUGAGGUCCAAGCACGCCGACAACUACCUGACUAUCAACCUGUCAGAGAGAAGAGCCGACCUGUCCAGAAUUAACUCGAAGACUCUGGACACGGGCUGGCCUGACUUGCACGCUCCGCCUCUGGAUAAGAUUUGCACCAUCUGCAAGGCCAUGGAGGGGUGGCUGAAUACUGACCCACUGCACGUAGUGGUAAUCCACUGUAGGGGCGGCAAGGGACGGAUUGGAGUGGUUAUUUCAUCGUUUAUCCACUUCACCGACAUAUCCGCCAGCGCCGACCAGGCCCUGGACCGCUUCGCCAUGAGGAAGUACUACGACGACAAGGUGUCCGCUCUGAUGACCCCCUCCCAGAAACGGUACGUGUGGAUCCUCAACAGCCUCCUGAGCGGGUCGAUGAAGAUCAACGCCUCGCCGCUCUUCCUCCAUUGCAUCAUUCUUCACGGCCUCCCAAACUUUGACGCCAGCGGAGUGUGCCGUCCCUACCUGAAGGUGUACCAGGGAAUGCAAGCUGUCUACUCUUCAGGGGUCUAUCACAUCGGACCGGGCCACAGGGACAGGCUGUGCAUUCCCCUGGAACCAGCACAGCUGCUGAAGGGAGACAUCAUGAUCAAAUGCUACCACAAGAGCGACGUGACGUCGGAGCGCGAGGUGGUCUUCCGCCUGCAGUUCCACACGGGAGCAGUGCAGGGCUACAGCUUGUCCUUUGACAAGGAAGACAUGGAGGCCGCCAACAAGGAUCCCAGAUUUCCGGAUUACGGCCGAGUGGAGCUGGUGUUCACAGAGGGCCCGGAGAGGAUCCCAGAUGCCGAUCGUUGGCACAACGGUGCCGAUGUCAUGGUGGACUACAACACCGCCGACCCUAUCCUGCGCUGGGACUCGUACCAGGACAUCUGUGACGGAGAAGUGCCGCGUUCUCAGGGCUUAGGCCAGGACAGAGCAGCGCCCAAGAAGAGCCCCGUCGCCGCGGGGGCCACGCUGGGCCGAGGGGCCCGCACCACCUCCGCCGCCUCCAGCCCCGACCACAGCGACCACGCCCUCUCCGCCAGCAGCGACUCGGGCCUCUCCAGCACCUCCCUGUGGACGGACAGACCCGCAACCGUCGCCAACAGCACCAGCACCGUCACCACCCCCACCCCCGCCGCCAGCAGCGCCCUGAUCACCACAGCCCCCAAGCAGCCCGGCCAGGGGCCCAGCCGGCACGAGAAGGCCGAGCUCAACCGCCUGCUGAGCGGCUUCGGCCUGGAGGAACCCUCCCUGGAGGAGAUGGACGACCGCGGGCCCAGGGCGGCCGUGCUGCAGCAGAGGCUGCACCCCCACCCGCCGGCGCAGCAGCGACCGCCCCCCGCCCACCAGGCGCACGUCAACGGAGACCCCGGGCCCGGGGAGCGGGAGACGGACAUCCUGGACGACGAGGUGAUGAUGACGGGCCACGACUUGCACAGCGUGGACAGCCUGGGCACGCUGUCGUCCUCCUUCCACAAGAGCAGCCAGAACUCACUUCUGUCCGACGGCUUCGGGAGUCCCGGGGCGGAGGAGCUUCAGCAGCAUCAGCAUCAGCAGCAGCAGACGCAGGUCCAGCAUCCGCCGCACCACCAACACCAGAACCAGCAGCAUAUCAUCCACCAGCACCACAACCACAACCAGGUUCACUACCCUGGGCCGGUCGUGGGGGACGACUACGAGACUAGGAGGGGCUUCCUGGCGAACCGUAGCAACUCGGUGGCGUCGGCGGCCCCCAGUGCUCUGGCGGCGGCGGCGGCGGCGGUUGCCCAGCAGCAGCAGCUCUUCAGGCAGGGCAGCUACUCGACUCACUCCUGGGUGCGGCAGCAGCAGAUGGUGGCCGCCCAGCAGUUCGGUUACGUGGGCGAGGACGCCGGAGGAGGCGGUGGAGGUGGUGGCGGAGGAGGCGGAGGAGGGGGCGACAACGGGCCGAGGUUCCUGGCAUGCAAGCCCGGGAGCAGCCCCCCCAAGCCGGUGGAGGAACCGGUCUUCCCGGGCAGGGACGCGACGGUCCAGAACCUCAGGAAGACCCUGACGACGACGACGACGAGCUCGACGGCGACGGCGACGACGGUAACGGCGCCGGUCAUCGAAGACUGUCGGCCCGCCACGAACAAUAACAACAACAACUGCUCGCGGGACGAGGAGUUCAAGUCCCUGACGGUGGACAUCGACAACUCCAUCGACCAGUUGAACCAGCUCAUCAUGGACCUGGACCCCACCUUCAUGCCCGUCUCGUCGCGCUCCGGCUCGGUCAAGAGGAACGGGGGUGUGGGGAACGCCUCGGACGCCAAGUAUUCCAACGGCAACGGCACCGAUCAGAGACUUCACAGUAAAAGCGUGACCUCCCUGCAUCACACGCAGCAGACAGCUGUGGGCCCCGGGGAGAACCAUGGAGAGGCUCUGCGGAGUGUGAGCCGCCAGGGGGGAGACGCUGCGGACCCCCCAGGGUACUGCAGCUCGGGCUGGGUCAGCUCGGAGGAGUUCAGGGGGCCCCGCACCUACUCCCCCAGCCUGCCCCCCACCCAGCAUGCCAUGCUGUACAGGAGCGACAGCGUGGACUACAGGGCCCAGGGGCCCGACAUGGACAGCGGGAUCGAGGCCGGGAGUGACAUCACCCCGCCCACUCCCUCCUUCCCCAUCUCUCCGCCCACACCUUAUGUGAAAAACAUGUCGGAGUUCACUCAGUUCAGACAGGCGUCCUACGGAGUAUACAGGCCCGAGCACGAGAUUCGUGAAUACUCGGACAGCGUCGGCCACAUCGGACUCGUCAACGAGGGGGACGCCCCCAUCAGCUGUCACAGGUUGCUUAGCAACUCCCGCUCCAACAGUAUCAGCGGGAAAAUGCAUCGGGGCGACAGCCAAUCCACGGGCCAGUCCUGGCCCGAGCACCCGGCCCUGAGCCGCCACACCUCCCUGAGCAGCUACCCCUCCGCCAAGCAGCCCCCGCAGCACAGCAUGUCGGUGGACUACGCCCAGCACUCGCCCCCCUCCCCCUCGCCCCACCCGGGCCCCAACGCCCACAGCUCGCCGCAGAGCGCCCAGCGGAGCCGCCUGGCGUGCUACGCCCUCAGCCGCGGCCCCGCCGGCCACCUCUUCGACGGCGAGCAGGACGUCCCGACCCGGACGGGCUACGGCGGCGGCGGCGGCGGCGGCGGCACCAACGGGUGCCUCGACCGCAACCUCCUGACCUCCCUGGACGGCGGCGGCGGCGGCGGCGGUGGUCACAGCGGGCUGGCCCACACGCUGCUGCAGCCGCCGCCGCCGCUGCUGCCCGAGAAGAAGCGGGCGUCGGACGGCGAGCUCUCCCUGGGCACGGCGUCGCCGGUGCCCAGCGGCUUCUCCAGCCCCCACAGCGGCAGCUCCCUGAGCAUCCCCUUCCCCAACAGCCUCCCCGACCUCUCCCUGCAGACCCAGGGCGUUGCCUCGCCCCUGCCAGAUGUGUUGUCCAGCCGGCUGGUGACGGUCAAGUUCGUGCAGGACACGUCAAAGUUCUGGUACAAGCCGGACAUCUCCAGGGACCAAGCUAUCUCUGUGCUGAAGGACCAGGAGGCAGGCUGCUUCAUCGUAAGGGACAGCCACUCCUUCAAAGGGGCCUACGGGCUGGCCAUGAAGGUGGCCACGCCCCCACCCUCCGUCCUACAGCAGAGUCGGAGAGCAGGAGGGGAUCUGUCCAAUGAGUUGGUGCGCCACUUUCUGAUCGAGUGUACACAGAAGGGCGUGAGGCUGAAGGGCUGCCCCAACGAGCCUUACUUCGGUAGUUUAACUGCGUUGGUCUGCCAGCAUUCGAUCACACCACUGGCCCUACCCUGUAAACUCAUCAUUCCUGACAGAGACCCCCUGGAAGACGUGGUGGAGAGCACCUCCAACUCGGUCACCAACUCUGCUGCAGAGCUGCUGAAACAAGGAGCAGCCUGUAACGUGUGGUUCCUGGGCUCCGUGGAGAUGGAGUCCCUGACGGGGAUCCAGGCGGUGCAGAAGGCCACCACCCGGACCCUGGCCUCCGACCCCCUGCCCACCUCCACCGUGGUCCACUUCAAGGUGUCCUCCCAGGGCAUCACCCUCACCGACAACCAGAGGAGGCUCUUCUUCAGGAGACAUUACCCUGUGAAUAUGGUCAUCUACUGUGCUCUGGACCCUCAAGACAGAAAGUGGAAAAAGGAUGGCUGUCCUGCAAAGAUCUUUGGGUUUGUGGCUCGCAAAACUGGCAACUCGAUGGACAAUGUGUGCCACCUGUUUGCUGAGCAUGACCCCGAACAGCCAGCCAGUGCCAUCGUCAACUUUGUCUCCAAGGUGAUGAUUGGCUCCCAGAAGAGUAAGUAAGCCUUCUGAUGACUGGCUGGACUAUGUAUAAAUGGUGGGAAGAAAAAGAGGAAGAGAAAAAUGAAUUCAAGCUAACGCUAUCGCUAACAGUUGAGACGGCUGGGUGUGAGCGACUGGAAAAGAUAAAAAGAUGAAUGAGUUGAGUCAACGUUUUUGGCACGAGAUAAGAGGAACAAUUGUACAGGUCCUACAUCUUCAGCCAGCACCAAUAAAAGCAGUGCCAUCUUCCAGGUAACCAAACCUUCAAUGCUAUUUUUUUUUUUUGGGCUGUAUUGUUAGGACUGAUGAGGAAAUUGAUAACACUAAAUCAAACAUUGUUAAGAAAUGUACAAAUUCAUGGUUGUUAUGCAUUUUGUUAUAAAAUGAUUUUCUUUGAUCACUUUUAACACUAUACAUGGCGACAGAGCCUGGUGGUGUUUUGAAAUGAUCAGCAUGGCAGGAGAAUGGUCUGUUAAAGUUUGACCAUAAAGGUUUCUUUUAAUUUGUAUGGUUCUAUUGAGGGUGUGAUGCUCAAACUGCAAGCUAUGUUCAAUAAGUGAUGCGUUUUAAGAAACAGCUGUACUAUGAAAUAUUACAGGUUCAUCUCAUCAGUAUCUAUGCAAUGUAUUUUCCUAUUUUAUUUAUCACGUAUCACAUGUGCUGCACACAUUUAACCCUGUCCUCAAAUGUACACAAAUGCCACAUGUCGCCAAUAACCGUGUCAGUAACUAAACUGAUUUUUAUCCGAUGAAGUUGGGUGUUAAUAGGACCACUUAUGAUACUGUCUGUGUUGUUAUGAAAUAGUUUAGCAUGUGUGUUGAAAAGAACAUAAAACCACAGGCCGUAGAGGGAACAUAAUUAAAUGCUAAUUUAUAAAUAAAGUUGAAGUAAAGUUGAUUAAAACCACACCAGUACUUUGGGUAAGACACUGCUAGUUACCUCACUUUACAGCUGUCAAAUGAGUCAUUUCUUUAGGGUUGUCAUUACCAUAGACGUAUACAUAGACAUGGGAUUGACUGCUUCGACCCGUUGGCUGUGAUGCAUCAAAGUCGCCGUCUAUUAGAGAUUGGCAAAGAUUGGCCCUUCAAGUAAACAGAGGAGCUGUGGUUUUUUUCUGGAUAAAAAGCACCAUGACGUUUAUAUUUGUCAUCGGAUUUCAAUGAGUCGUUUUAUCUAAUCAGAUUUAACCGGAUUUAUAAAUAUUUUAUCUGAAUAUUUUGUAUUUAUUUUUUACUCUACUUAGAUCAUAAUCCCUUUUAGUAAAAAAAGAAUCCAAAGUCUUGUAAUCAUUUGAGAAAUGUACACUUUAUGGUGAAUGUUAUCCAGAAAAAUGCCAGCUCCCCCUGUUAGCAUGUAUUCCCCCCAACCCUCAACCCUACCCAAUUAGGGAACUUGGUGUUUUUGUUUUUUAUUUGUUUGUUUAAAGUAUGUAUAAUAUAUAUAUAUAUAUAUAUGAAAAUAUGGCCAUAAUGUUAAUAUAACGCACGCUUUAGUGGUUCUUAGUGAAUGCCCCAGAUUACUAUAUGAUAUUCUUUAAACAUCUGUCAAUGACAUAUCCAACAUCUCUUCUCUGGAAUGAUGCUAGUUCUGAGAUAUACACCGAGGGCAAUUUAAAAGGAUAUGGAUUCUGUCAUGUUGUUGAUAAGCUCUCUAUUAUAAGCGCAUUAUUGUUUUAAUAUUGUCUGAACCCAUAUGUGCUUUCUUUAUAUAUUUUUAAAUGUAGUGCAUUUUGUAUGCGCCCCUGUCUAUAACAUGCUAUCUAAACGGAUUAUUUGUAUAUUUCAGAUAUCAGUUAUGUAAAUAAACAAAAGGGAACAUUUGUUUGGCUUUUUAAAUUUUUAAGAGAAUUUAAACGUAGCCGGUCGACAAUACUAUAAGAUAAACAUAGUUUAAUCACACAAAAUAGAAUCAUGCAGUCAGAUUACAGGUAUGUACAACUUCUUAGCCAAUAUCUUGAUCUUUCAUCAAAGCGAUUAAAUUGAAUUACAGUGAUAAACGUCAACGGUGAAGUACCAUGAGAAACCAGCAGAGGGGGGUCGAAAGUCAACUUAUUUUCUGCACUCAUCCACCAAACUCGAGUGUAUUCUAGAGAGUAUGAAAGAGAUUGUGACGUGGCUGUUUCUCUCUGAUCAAAGACGAAUAAACUCUGAAUAAACUCGCUGAUUAAAGACGCUUCAAACGAAUACAUCUCCAGCGUGUUUUUUCUAAUUUCCAUAUUGUAUAUUUCCAUCAAAUGUGCAA